AUGGCCAAGGGGACCGUGGCUCGAACUUCAGUUGUGCAUAAUCUUUAUUCAAAAUGGUUGGAAAUUCGCUCAACCGCGCAGUUACGGGUAUUGGAUGUUAUUCCCUUCCCGGAGGAUCUAUUUGUCAGAUGCGGUUUGCCGGUUUCCAUCACUACAGAUAAUGGACCCCAAUUCAGAUCUCACGAGUUCAAGCAAUGGUUGAAGAGUCGCGGCAUUCGACACGUUACCACUCCCCUGUAUCAUGCACAGGGUAAUGCGGGUGUGGAGAGGUUUAACAAGGUAAUUAAGCAAGACUUAAAGGCACAGCUGGCAGGCGAGAAAUCUGUGGUCGACGCACUGAGGUGUAUACUAUUUCAUUACAGAACAACAGCUCACUUGGUCACAGGAAAAUCUCCAGCGGAGCUGAUGAUGGGAGUUACGUUACUACAACCGUUGUCGCAGCUACUACAGCCAUAA